AUGGCAUUGUGCAGGAUAAUAGCUGCUGCUAGUAUCUCUUUGCACUGCCUUCUGGAAACAUCAAAAGGCGUCUACUUUUGGAUAGAUCUAAAAGAUGCUUCUACGUCUUCUACUGAACCUCCAAAUCUAGCCACGAGGACUACACCUUGCAUCACUUCUAAGCCGGUUUCUAAAGUCAGCGCCAUUUCUCGUUUGCUUUCGUGCCUUUGCUGUGCAACGAAAAGGCGGAAGUCACCUGAUGCCAAGGCAAGGAGUCCUAUCGGUUCCGUAGAUUACCGUCUUCCUUCCUUUGUUUGUCCUCCUCCCUCAAGCAUUACCUCUCAAGAGCCGUCACCAGACGACUCUGAUUUGCGUGCUCGCGAACAGGCUCUACGGCUUGCCAAGUUGGCGAUUCUCGAUGCCAAGUCAAAUGACUUCUACUCGGCUCUCGCAAGUCCACUGAGUGACGCAUUGGUGAAGUUCCUUGAGCAGACAUUGGGAGUGUUGGUGUUAGGAGCAAGGGUAGAGUCCUACUGUCCCAAUGAUUGUCUUCCCCAGGGUUUACUUCAACCCCUCUCAGCUGCUACAGCCGUGUCAAUUGUGGCGACAACCUACGAAGCUCUUGAGCGCCUUCACGAUGCUGUCACUCUAACAGCACAUGAGAACUCCUCUCACUUGCUGCCUGCCAGCAGCCUCUCCUCGGCUUUGGAGACUAUCUUUCAACAGGAGACUGAGUUGAUGGAGAAAAUUGAUUUGAAGGAUAUCCGUUUGAGUGUUGCGUUGCAAGCAGACGAGAUGAGAUUGGCGGCAAGUGAGUUGGAGGAAUAA